GUUCUGCUGAGCAACACUUGUUUUCCGUUGAAACCUAGCCUGUGGUUGGCAAAAAAUCGCAUUAUAUUUCUGCUGUACAUAUAUUUACCAUAUUGAUACAGAUAUGCCUCUGCUGAUAUUCAUUCUGCUGGGAUCUUUGCUCGGCCUGUCGCCUGCGGUCAACGCCGCCAACUUUACAUCCGUUUACGAGUGGGAUGACCUUGAUUACAACUGGCAAUCAGAGGAGCGCAGGCAACAGGCCCUGCAGAACGGUACUUUUGUGCCCGAGAAGAUCGAGCCUCGAUAUCUGGCAGCCUUUGGCCAGAGGCUGUUCCUCGGCCUGACAAAGGACCAGGGCGUUCCCGCGUCGCUGGUCUGGCUGCCCACCGCCAAUACGCCAUCUGCGUCGCCGAAAAUGCAGUUUUCCUCCUGGGCUAUGAGUGAACACUGUAGCACGAUGCAGACAAUCAAAGGGUUGGAGGUUGACAGUGUCGGCCGGCUAUGGGUGCUGGACAACGGCUGCGAAAAAUGCCCCUGUCCGCCAAAGCUCUGGAUUUUCAGCCUGUCCAACACCGACAGAAUUGAGCACGUCCAUAUCUUCCCAGAAAAAACCGUUUCCCACGAUUUCCAGUCAAGAUCUCUGCAAGACGUGGCGCUGGACGAGACAAACGACGAAUCGUUUGCCUACGUCACCGACGUGAAAGCCAGCCAGGUCGUCGUGUUCACGUUGAAGAAAACGGACACUUGGGCAGUUCAGAUGCAAGGAAAACGCUUUCAAACUCUCGCCUGUUCCCCAGAGCAGCUGUUUCUCAAUGAACCUGACUCGUACGAACUCUAUUCUCUUCCCUUACUGGAAUUGAGGGCUGGAAACCGAGUUAUGACUCCGAAACUGGUUGGCUCUUUCUCUGCGCACCCGUACAGAUUGUUUUUAGACAGCACCGGAUUGAUGUAUGCCGCAUUUUUGGACAGAAACUACUUAUCAACUUGGAAAACCAAGGACCCUUUCAAGGAGGAGCGAUUCUAUGAAGGCAAAGUUAAAAAUAUCAAAAGGCCGUACAUUUUGGCACUGAGCCCAACUCGUAAUUUGUGGCUGAUGGUUAUCAACAACAGCAAACCGAAAUAUACGAUGCUUCGUGCUGCAGUCGGCAGCGUGAAAGAUAAUUCUGCGUCAACAAGAGAACCCCCUCAAGGUGGAAUUUUGGUGUUUGCUUUGAUUGGAGCAAACAUUAUCACCAUCCUCCUAUUGGGAGCCCUCCUUGCGUGGAUAAUUAUGAGGCGCAAAAAGCGACCAGUUCCGCUCCAGCCUGAAAAAACGUCAGCUUUGCCUCGUGCGCCGACGCUGCAAGAAGAAAUUAAAUUCGUGCGUUCCAACGCAGCGAUGAUCAACCGCGACGCCAAGCCAAGACUGUGGGAUUCGGGGAUUUAUGAAGUGCCGAACGAUUUUUCGCCGCCGAUAAGACGUUCCAACAGACCUGAAACCUCGGCUUCUGAAGUGGUGAGGAGACUGGGACCACCACCUCCGAUUCCGGUGAUAUACGACGACGUUGGUCCUGAGGAUGAGGAACCUAAGUCACCAUAUGAUUAUGUCAGUGCUAGAACUUCCUCUGUGCAUUAUGAAUCAAUGGCUUCUUAUGAGACUAAGAAAUAUUCUAAAGUCCCAGCCAACGAAGUUGUAUAAAUGGAACUUGGACAUUAAAUUAAAAUUUUCUGACCUGUGGGGAAUAUACUAUAAUGACUAUCAUUAAAAUAUCGGGAAAUGAU